ACCCGCGCUUCAGUGUGAAUGAGCACGAUCCUCGUCCUGCCACAGGCUUGCGUUCUUGAGGAAUUCGUCAUCAAUGAAAGUGAAGGCAGACUAAACAGGAGAGCGAAAACGCGAGAAUGCCGGCAGGUCAGAGGAGAAAGACGAUGAUACAGUUUCCAUGAGCUAGAAACUUGCACCAGGAAAUGCUAUGGAUAUCCUCAGCGCUGUAGAUUUCUCCUUCACAUAGCAUUUUGAGUGGACCACUUCAACGUUCCUGAACUUCCAAACUCUUCUUCCUGUAAGUGGCUGUCAGCGGCCAUGAGUGGAAGGAGCUCAGAUUGAUACAGGGUGACAGGAAAAGACAUCAGAAGAUGGGGGCACCUGGUGGGCCAGUUCUGGCCGGGUUUGGCUCUACGACAUCCUCCCUGGACCUCGUUGGCUGGAUGGUCUGGCCUGGGAAUACCACCGUGAGCCUGAACCAGAGCCUCUUCGCAACUGACUACAGCUUUAAUAUCUCCUCCUCUUCUUCAUUCUCUCCUCAAGGGGUUGAAAAGGAGUCAAUGAAGGAGAAGAACUGGCCAGCUCUGCUGAUUCUUGUGAUUAUCUUUCUGACGAUAGGAGGAAAUAUUUUGGUUAUUUUGGCCGUGUCGCUGGAGAAGAAGCUGCAAAACGCAACCAACUUUUUCCUGCGAUCGCUUGCAGUGGCGGACAUGCUGGUCGGCAUCUUGGUCAUGCCUAUCUCGCUCAUUAACAUCCUGUAUGAUUAUGCCUGGCCAUUGCCUAGCGCUCUUUGUCCUAUUUGGAUAUAUCUGGACGUGCUUUUCUCCACUGCUUCCAUCAUGCACCUGUGUGCCAUUUCCCUUGACCGCUACGUGGCCAUACGCAAUCCAAUCGAGCACAGUCGGUUCAACUCCCGUACCAAGGCAAUGAUGAAGAUUGCUGCAGUUUGGACUAUUUCAAUAGGUAUCUCGAUGCCUAUCCCAGUGAUCGGACUCCAUAACAGAGAAAAGGUCUUGAAAAACGGCAACUGUGCUCUGAAUGAGGAACACUUCAUAUUGGUUGGCUCUUUUGUUGCCUUCUUCAUUCCUCUGGUCAUCAUGGUGGUCACGUAUUGUCUCACCGUCCAAGCGCUUCAGCGUCAGGCCUCAGUCUUCCUCUACGAGGGCAAAGCCUCUUCUCAACAGCCUUUGCAACCUCCAGCUCCACCUACUUCCCAGUUGGCUCCACCGCCGGCAUCCCGCCGCAGCAGCCUGAACUGUCUACGGAUCAGCACCAGCGAUGGAAACAUGCUGGGUCUGACCGUGCCCCUAGACACCAUCUCAAUAAUCCCAAGUUCAGAAGCCCCAUCUCAAAUGAAUUCUCCCGCUGGACGGGACCCAGCCGGAACCCAUGGGCGACGAGGCAUGAUGCAGGCCAUCAAGAACGAGCGGCGAGCAUCCAAAGUGUUGGGUGUAGUGUUCUUCCUUUUCCUCGUCAUGUGGUGUCCCUUUUUCAUCACUAACGUUCUGUAUGUCCUCUGCCAUAAAGCCUGUAAUGAGCCUGUGCUUACAGAACUGCUCAAUGUUUUCGUUUGGGUGGGCUAUAUCUCAUCAGGGGUCAAUCCUUUAGUGUACACUUUGUUUAACAAGACCUACCGAAGGGCAUUUUCAAGUUACAUGCACUGCCAGUAUAGACAGGUGGGUCUCAAACCCAUCGCUAUAAACACUCCUUGUCCAUCCCAUGCGGUAGUCACACCCAUCCUGAUCUGCGAGAAAGUUUCCAUUGACCGGAACAGUAAUUGCCGCAAUGGGGACGGCAAUGGAAUCCGAAAUCUGGAGCCCCACGACAUGGACACUGACCCCGGACUGGAGCUGAAACCUGGAAUAUCAGAGCUGUCUAUCAGCAGCAGUCACAGCCACAUAGAACACACCAGCACUGUCUGAAAACUAGUUUUUAGUGUGACACGGAAAACAGGAACGAGCUACAUGUGAUGUUUAGGAGAUGACAAAUGUCUACGCAACCUCAGCUGUAUCAUAGCAUAGAAUGUAUGCUGAGUCAGCUACAGAAACAAUAAUCUGACCAAGGUCAGAAAUGGGAGAGGGAAUGUAAAGUGUGUGUUUGUGUUAACAGGUUCAGAUUUUUGAAUGCCAUUAAGUCCUGCAUGAGCACCCAGUCUCUUACUAAAGCAGCAUAAGAGACUGCAGUUCACGCAAAUAUUCGACAGAUAGAGUCAUAGCAUCCUCUUGUGGUCAGUUGAAUAAUUACAACAAAAAAUGUGAAGCCAAAAAAAGUUAUCGUGUCAUCCAAGCUAGUUGCAUUACAAUAUGGAUGAAGCUAUGCUGUCUUAAUACACUUGCAAGUCAGAUCAUUGUCUGUGUAACUUGUAAACAUCUCUAAUAUGAUAUGAUGAAUCCUUUGAGUUGCAGUAAUCCAGUAACACAGAGGUUGUAUCUUAUUUGCUGAAGGAAAGUACUGCAGAACAAUUGUUUUCUUCAAACUACUUCUUACAGUGACCUAGAAAACUGGACCAAAAAGAACAAUGGUGUGAAGGUCAUACUUAACAUAAAGCUUAUUCUAAGACAUAACAAACAUGGUUUGAGUUUUGGUCUAAGUCCAAACUGCUUCUCAAGGAUUUUUUUUCAACAGGUAUUGAAGGAAUCAACCUCUAGCUCUGGGGAACAUGCUCUCCUGUGAAUGUAAGGUUGGGAAUAAGGUGAUGAUGACAGAGUGAGAGAAGAAACAAAACUGCACAACAGACAAGAGUACUGAAACAAUUAACUUAAUAUGGACAAACUGUCCAUGGCAAAAAAAAUUUGGUCUGUAAGACCAAAAAAUUUUCAUUUGAAGAUGUCUAGGAACCUAUUAUGUAUAAAGCUGUAAAUUCUUGCUGUUUUCUGUGUAGACUCUAGAAUUUCUCCUGUAUCACCUUCCCCUGUUCAAAGUCCCAUUUUUAUACCAUAUAGCCUGUGAAUGUUUUACCAAAUCCCUUUUUUGUUACAAGAACAAACAAACAAGCCAUCAUCCUCACAGUGGUAUAAUUUUGUGAAGCUGCUAUUUAUUUAAUAAAAGACAAUUAUCAU